AGGAAACGGGAGAAAGGCAGCUUGGCUUCACCUCGUUCGUCUCUCGCUCAUGCAUGCCUCCCGUGUGGGUCACUGAGACUGAGAGCGUCCUGCACAUCGCGUGCGUGUGAGCUAGCUGUUUCACGGAUCAGGAUAUGAUGCAGCUGAAGGCUCGGCGAUCCGCCGCUGCUUCUUCCCUGCAGUUUGCUCUCGUCUUCGCCCUGCUGAUCUCGAAUUCAUUGGCAGGGAGACAACGCAGCUUCAUGAUUGAUCAAGGUUCUGCUCAGCUUCAACAGGGACCAGAAGCUGAAAAGAAAAAUGGAGCACGGAUACAAGUGCAUGGCCGGAUUCUCAGUGUGAAGACAAAUGACUACGGCAGUUACGACCCUUCCCCAUCCAUGGACAAGCCUCACUUCAAGCUCAUACCCAACUGAUUAAUCACUUGAUCCACAGUGGGGAAUUAAUUAAGCGAGAACGAUUCUACCUUUAUAUGGGGGAUUUGAUGUAUAGAAAUAGAGGUAUUCCUAGCUAGAGACUUGCUCAUAUUGUAAUUAGUACUCUAAUAUAGAUGUGACAUAGAUGCUGCUUUUGCUUAGCCCAAAUUAUCUCUCAACGUUUUGAUCCGCUGACCAUGUCAUACGAGUUCUCAAUGUAUUCUACUUGAAUUAUACAUAGCUAAAAGUUUUUUUUUCUCAAGUGGGAGUUU